CGAGCUUCCUGCACUUGCUGUUCCUGAUUAGAAAUAUGCUUGAGCGACGGUUCAAAUCUGGGGCAGCCUAGUUGUCCAAAUUCUCCGAUUGAGCUCGUAUAUAUGUCUGGCGUGAAAUCUCAGGGAACAGAUCAGCUCUCCAGGCAUCAAGCAACAGACACGUCGAUGCAAAUCCGGUGAAGAUGGUGGCCAUGAACCGUUCUCAGCCAAUCACAAGUGCCCAUGGCGAAGAGGGGAAAAUUGCUUCCACAGCCGACGAGGAAUCUCGUGUUGCUGCGUCGGCAUGUCGCCUUCGCAAUAUUCUGAACGUGUUCAGCGCGGAUAAGAGGUCGCGCCCGGAGCGAAAGUGGCAGCUGCCGCUGACCACAACCUCGCGCCUUGCAGCCGCACGCGGCGGCGAUUCCAGUGCUGCGGAGACGAAGUUAUACCUCGCAUAUGGAUCCAAUCUGUGCUACGAGACUUUCCAAGGACGCAGAGGCAUUCGACCUCUCAGCCAGGUGAACGUUGUGGUACCGACACUGCGAAUGACAUUCGAUCUGCCAGGCAUCCCCUACGUAGAACCGUGCUUUGCCAAUUCGGCAGAACGCGAUCCGCGCAGUCCGCAUAGCAAACCCGAAUACUCAUCGGAGGACUAUCACAAGGACAGAUGGAAGAAGGGCAUGGUCGGCGUCGUGUACGAAGUUACUCCCGAAGACUAUGCACAUAUUAUCGCCACAGAGGGUGGAGGCGCGAGUUAUAAGGACGUCCUCGUGGAGUGCUUCCCACUAGAACCGGGCGAGGACGAAGUUCCUGAACUGCCUCUUUCACAGGGGUUUCAAGCACACACUCUGUUCGCUCCCAUGGCGUCCCCAAACGAUCCCAAAGGCGGCCGCUUUGCUAGACCGGAUCCUAGCUAUGCUCAACCGUCAGCACGUUACCUCAAGCUCAUCACUGAUGGAGCUGAGGAGCACAGUCUGCCCAAGGAAUACAUGGAUUACUUGUACGGGAUUCGACCAUAUGAAACUAGGUCCCAAAGGACGAGAAUGGGGGCUUUUGUGCUGAGCAUGCUGUGGGGUCCCUUCUUCCUGUUCUUCUUUGCCCUGACAAAGAUGUACCAAGAUAAAGACGGCAAAGUGCCAGCUUGGGUGGCUAAUCUUGGAAACAUGAUCUUUACCGCGGUGUGGACCAGUUACGAUAGUAUAUUCAAGCCCAUAUUCGGAGACGGUGAAAGGACGGAUUACUCGAAGAAGCCGACGGUUGGAAAGUCGAAAGCUUUACUUCGAAAACAUGACGAAGAGUGGGCUGAGAAAUGAGACAUUUGUAGCACGUAAGAUACGGAUUCGGAAGCUAAACGUUUCUUGAAAUGCUCAAUGCUUGGUUUCAACGGCUUAUAGCAUGUUUCCUUCGUUUGCCAUUGGCAAAGGCCUCCCCGCUAAAUCUUCCUUUUUUUUCCAGAAAA